UCAACAAAAUGAAGUUCACAGGAGGAGGCAUGCUCUGUUUCUUUUGGUACUCUUUUGUUCUUGUUUCCUCUGCUUUUUCAGCUCAAAGCUUCAAGGAAAAUGAAGAAAUUCAAAGGUCUCAGUUCCCAGAUGGCUUCUUGUUUGGAGCCAGCACUUCAUCUUACCAGGUUGAAGGUGCUUAUCUUGAAGAUGGCAAGAGCCUAAGCAACUGGGAUGUCUUCUGCCACACUCCAGGAACAAUAGAAAGUAAUGAGAAUGGGGAUGUUGCAGACGACCAUUACCAUCGCUACUUAGAAGACAUUGAGCUGAUGCAUUCCCUGGGAAUGAAUUCAUAUCGCUUCUCUAUUUCAUGGGCUAGAAUUCUACCCGAUGGGAUGCUCGGCAAAACCAAUCCAAGUGGGAUCACCUUUUAUAACAAACUUAUAGACCAUCUGUUGCUCAAAGGGAUAGAGCCAUUUGUGACAGUGCACCACUAUGACAUGCCCCAAGUUCUAGAACAAAGAGAUGGGGGUUGGCUUAGUCCGCUAUUACGGGAAGAAUUUGCACAUUUUGCCUCCAUAUGCUUCAAGAGCUUUGGGGACAGGGUGAAGUACUGGAUUACCUUCAAUGAACCCAAUCUCGUGAGUGAGUUUGCCUAUAUAAGGGGAUGGUACCCACCAGCUCAUUGUUCACCCCCUUUUGGGAACUGUUCAAGUGGCAACUCUGAUACCGAGCCUCUCAUCGCAAUGCACAACAUUUUACUAGCUCAUGCCAUGGCAGUUGACACAUAUCGUAGGGUUUUUUGGCCAAAACAGCAUGGGUUUAUUGGAAUUGUUGCAAAUGCACACAUGUAUGAACCGCUGAGAGAUGAUGAAAGGGAUCGGCAUGCUGUUGAUAGAGCUUUGGCUUUCAAUGUCGCAUGGAUGUUUGAUCCUUUAGUGCAUGGAGAUUACCCUUCUGAAAUGCGCGAAUGCCCUGGAUUGGAAUUGCCAAGGUUUUCCCACAACGAAAAACAGCUAUUAAGAGGCAGCAUAGAUUUUAUAGGCUUCAACCACUAUUCAACUCUAUACGUCAAGGACUGUAUCCACUCUGCUUGCCCCUUAGGCGGUGACCAUGCCAUUAGAGGCUUUCUCAACACAACCGGGUAUCGAGAUGGCGUACCAAUUGGAGAACCGACUGGAAUGCCUAGGUUUUUUGUGGUUCCGAGAGGCAUGGAGAAGAUGCUUGAUUAUCUAAAGCAAAGAUACAAUAACAAGCCCAUGUUUAUUACUGAAAACGGAUACUCUUCACCAACCCCACAGACUGAACUACAAGAUUGGAACAGGAUCAAGUUUCACAAAGCUUACAUGGCCUCUGUGGCCAGAGCAAUAAGGAAUGGGGCUGAUGUUCGUGGAUAUUUCAUUUGGUCCUUGAUGGAUAAUUUUGAGUGGCUCAGUGGAUACACCACAAGAUUUGGUUUGUAUUAUGUCGAUCGAAAAACGCUUCACCGAACUCCAAAGCUUUCUGCAGGAUGGUUUGCUAGUUUCCUCAGAAACAGUAGUCACAACGAUAAUAUUAUAUUUAGCCAACUGGAAGCUAAAGUUGCUGAAAUGUAGAAAAAGUCCUUGUUAAUGAUAAUGAUGAGACUUGUAAGACUUUUUGGCCAAAAUUAUUAUGGCUUGUAAUAGGGCAAAUUACUCAAAUGGUCCUCAAAUUUAUACCCGA